CCUAUUAUUCUUCAUAUAAUUUUAUAUUAUUUAUUUAAACAGUAAAACUAUUAAGUUGAAUCAUUUUUCAUCAAUUGCACUUUAUCAAGUUGUUUUUGGUUAUUUUUAUUAUUAUUAUUGAUAUUUAUACAAUCGAAAUAGUGUUAUAAUAAUUCACCAAGAGCAUCGUCGGAAGUGGAUACGAACAAAACGGAUGUCAUCGCCCAAAAGAGUAAUGGCGUCCAAAGCGAACAUACAGUUCUCUUGCUGUUUGUUCGUUGCGUUUAAAUUGAUUCGGUAGAAGUAGAACGCGAUAAUUGUCGAUAUUUUAGUGGAGAAAUUACUUUAAUUUGUAUACAUAACUGAUCGUUCCAAAAGCAAUUUUAUAUAGUCAGUGAAACUAAGUGAUCGUAUAUAUUUUAAAGAUUUUACAGUGUUAACUGCAUCAAAGAAAAUUUAUUCACAAUUUAUGAACAGAAUUAAUAACUACAAUGGAUUCAGCAUAGCAGCGUUAAACGAUAUUAAUCAACAAACAUGUUUAUCCUUUAUUGCCCAUGUAGUUUAUAUUUUCUUUUAUGUAUUUAAAUCUAUUAUAGUAUAUCUUAGAUUAUUUAGUUAUGUCUGCAAAUGGUCAAUUUGCAAAUCCUCCACCAGCUAUAAGUUUACCUAAUAUGUCAGUACCACCUCCUGCUGCUCCUAAUUUGUCAGCUCCACCUCCUAAUUUAACUACUAUAAAUACCUCUGGAAGCUAUCAGCAUCGAUAUACUAAUCACAGAGAUGGAGCCCGUGGUUUCUUUAAACCAUUUAGACCAUAUCAUGCUCCUAAAAUCAUUGCUGCUGGUCAAGAUACUUUACAAGAUGAAUUUGAUGGAAAAAGACUUAGAAAGUCUGUUAUGCGCAAAACUGUGGAUUAUAAUUCUGCCAUCAUAAAGAGUUUAGAGAAUCGAGUUUGGCAGAGAGACUAUAGGGAUAGACGUGCUCUUCAGCCAGAUGUGAUGUAUUACCCUGACUUAUUACCACCACCUAGUUACGUUGACAAUCCAAUAAAUGCAGUGACCACAAGAUUUGUGAAAACUGCAACAAAUAAAAUGCGUUGUCCAAUCUUCUGUAUGGCUUGGACACCAGAGGGUAGACGUCUUGUUACUGGUGCAUCUAGUGGAGAAUUUACUCUGUGGAAUGGUCUUACCUUUAAUUUUGAAACUAUUUUACAGGCACAUGAUAGUCCAGUAAGAACAAUGGUAUGGUCACACAACGAGAGCUGGAUGGUCACAGGAGAUCAUGCAGGCUACGUGAAGUAUUGGCAGAGCAAUAUGAACAACGUCAAGAUGUUUCAGGCGCACAAAGAAGCGAUUAGAGGACUCAGUUUCAGUCCAACGGAUCACAAGCUGGCAACAUGCAGUGAUGAUGGAACUGUGAGAAUUUGGGACUUCCUUCGAUGUCACGAGGAACGAAUUCUUAGAGGUCAUGGAGCUGAUGUGAAGUGUGUACACUGGCAUCCACAAAAAAGUCUAGUCAUUUCUGGAAGCAAAGAUAAUCAACAACCAGUUAAAUUAUGGGAUCCAAAGACUGGGCAAUCUCUUGCAACUUUACAUGCUCACAAGUCAACGGUUAUGGAUGUUAAAUGGAAUGAGAACGGAAACUGGCUGGUAACCGCGUCGCGAGAUCAUUUGCUUAAAUUAUUUGAUCUUCGAAAUCUAAGUCAAGAAGUUCAGACAUUUCGUGGUCACAAAAAAGAAGCUUCUAGUGUUGCGUGGCAUCCCAGUCACGAAGGUCUGUUUUGCAGCGGUGGUAGCGAUGGAGCCAUUUUAUUCUGGCACGUUGGAGCCGACAAGGAAGUGGGUGCGAUAGAGCAAGCUCAUGACAGUAUAGUUUGGACGUUAGCUUGGCAUCCAUUAGGACAUAUUCUCUGUUCUGGAAGCAAUGACCAUACAUCGAAAUUCUGGACACGAAACAGGCCUGGUGAUUUAAUGAGAGAUAAAUAUAAUCUUAAUACGUUACCAGCAGGGCAAGCUGGCGUUGAUGAUCACGAAAUUGCCGACGAAGCAGCUGUUAUACCUGGUAUGGGGCCAGAGGAUCGAAUCAAUGCUGAUGGCGAGCCAGAAGAUAAAAGUGGCGGAAUUCCUGGCUUGGAUCUGGAUCAUGCCGUAGACGAAGGGAAAAAAUUUGCUAACAAAAAGGUACCAUAUAGCAAACCGAUUCCUAGAAAUUUCCAAGCACAGUGGAACGAAAUGGAGGCAGAAGAUAUGGAACAAGUUGAAGCUUUAAAUGCAUUUGUGAACCAAUUAAUUGAAACUACACCGGGUGCAGUGCCCCUUAACGAAGUAACACCUAAUGGUAUUAUAUUGUACGGAAAAAUGAUUCCUGUUGAACCCGGUUCUAAAUUAGCGGAGGCAAUCACUAAAGGAAAUGAUGCUAUAAAUAAAUUAGUAUUUUCUGGGGAAAUAGAAGAGUUGCGCGACGUGGUAGGUCCACCGGACAACAUGGACGAAUCCGAAGAUUAUUUGCAAGACGAUGGCGAAAUAGAUUAUUCCAAAGUUCCCGAUAUCGAACUUCCUCCUCCUUUACCCAGUUCCAAGUUCGCCCAGAAUCCUGAGUUGCUCAAAGCCCUGAAUCGCGGUGGAAAGCGUAAAUUUGAUCAACUGAUCGGCUGGAGCGACGGUGGCGCUAGCGAUCGAACGUCGAAGAUACAUCAGCCCGUAUUUGGCGGAAUAAUAACGGAGGAUUCACAAUCCAGUGACACCGAUUUGAGGUAUACUGGAACAAAAUCGAAUCAACAUUCGAACGAGAACAGCUCUUUUCAUACUGGACAAGACGAAGAUCUCAGGAAAGUUUCGCAUGUUGAAAGUGCGAGAAAUAUGAAUCGCGACGAGGACUUGCGAUUUAAUAUAUCUAGCGGACCUGGUAGGCCUAGUUCACGUUCCGAUUAUGACGUGAGGAGUAAUUACGCCGAUAAGGACUUCAGGAGUUCACACGGGUUCCCUUUGAAAAAACCUUUAGACAACGAUAUUUACGAUGACAGAGACCGAGAUGGUAGUUCGCGAUGGGACGACGAGAAAUCGAUGAACGAUGGUCCGCGAAAAGGGGAUGGUGGUUUUUCAGGCAACUUCGACAAACGCGAUAGUAUUCCGAUAGGUUUAGGCUCUGGUAUGAGCAAUAACAUGCCUCACUUAAGCAACAGUAUAUCUCACAUGUCAAGUCAUCACAACAUGCAAAAUAUCAAUCCUAACAUGCCUCCUCCCAUUCCAAGUUUAGUGCCACAUCCGAACAUGUCUCAGCACCCUAUGCAGAAUAAACCAUUGCAUCCUGGUAUGCAAGGAAUCGAUGGUCCUAUGCACAUGAUGCAUCAUCCCGGUAUGCAUCCUGGUUUUGGACCUGGUGGGCCACCGCCUGGAAAUUUCGGUCCUAAUUUCAGACCUCCUAACGGUAAUUUUGGUCCGAAUCAACAUUUCAGACCGAGCCCGUUACCUCCGUUCGGACCAAACCAAGGACCGUUCGGUAAUAGUUUUCAAGGUUUACCAAAUUUUCGAGGACCCAAUUCUGGUCCACCAAAUUUUGAUCGACCAGGUUUUGGUCCCGGUUUUCGUGGUCAGAAUCCCGGUCAGAACCCGCCAAGUAAUUUUAAUGCGAAUUUCGGUAAUUUCGGAAAUAAACUCGGACCUAACCGUGGAAUGAACCGAGGUCCCAGUGACAAUAAUAUGGGAAGGAGUGGAUACAACAACCGCGGUAGAGGACGCGACGGUGAUCCGCCACGAGGCAUCAGAGGAAGAGAUAAUUAUUGAAGUGAUCGUUGAAAUGUCCGUAUCACGUAUAUAUACGAUGAUAGAUUGCCGUUCGUCGUUCGCACGAAGUGACGUUGUUCCGUGUAGAUUGUACAGUUAACUAUAAAGAAUUAUACAUAUACAUAUACGUAGAACGGUGGAUACUCUGUAAAUGCAUUGCAGUGUAAAAAGUGAGGAUUAGGGAUGUACGGUUACUCGAAUUUGCUGAAUCGACCCUACAGCUCGAAUUACCCACAUUGAUGUAACUAGAUUGAAACAGGGGUGGGUCUGCUCUCCUACUCGCACGAAUACGGAUUAGCUCUCUCCGCAUGACAUAAGAGACGCGAAAUAUGCGAGAGCUAUAAAGUUUCGAAAGCCCAGAUUCUCAAAUUUCAAAGUUCCCACAUUUCCAAAAGCCACUUGAUCUCACAUCCGGUAUUGGGCGUUGACGCUGUUAUUGAAUCUGAUUGACCUGAUCCAUUCCAGACAAAAAUUCGAGUUACGUCGAUAGGACACCCAGGCAAAUUCGAUUAUCCGCAUUUCUCUAAUAAGUACUUGUGUCAGAAAUGUUGCAAGCCAUUUUAUACUCCUCGUUACAGGAAUUUGAAAUGGGGUGUUAGUAUAGUGUACUUGAAUGAAAGUAUAUUUUCUUUUGGAAGGAACCUUCGGUUGGAAAAAACUGUCCUUUACCAGAGAAGCGACUGAUUAUCCGUAUUAGAUGGCUAGAUUUCAAAAAACUGUGAGAAUUGUUAGUCGAGGCAAGUACGACAUCGUGUCUCGCAAUACUUGCGCACAGAAUGUAUGAGUGCGAUGAACAAAGCUGCAGAAUUGUAAUAUAUAAAUAUACGUAUAACCGAUACUCCGAUAUUAUUCCAAAAAAACGAUGAUGAAGAAUGAAAACAAAAAAAAACUGUUCACAAGCUGCCUUGCGAAAAGAAUUUUCUUGUUCCAAUUUUGAGAAUUGAUGAGCGCGCGAGAAUAGGGUAGAAAAGCAUGUGGAGCAUGUCGAACGUUUCGUAAUUGUUGCUGGUCGUCAAGAAACUGUGAACCGCAACAGUUUACCUAUCAAUUAUUAAUAAAAAUAAGACGCAGAACUA